GGAAUGAUGAAAUCUACACUAAAAUGGAUUAUGAGUUAAAGUCAAAUGUUAGUAUUUUGAACAUUUGAAACUUCCCCCUAAUGCAAAAUCACUUUUGGAGGGGCUAGCAUUUGAAUUCUAACCCCAAAUUUUAGAAUUUUGGAUCUAUGCAUUAAAAGAUGGUCUUAGCCUCUUAGGAGUAGACAUGCUAUCUCAUCCCAAGGACCUGCUAUUCACUUCCAGCUCUAUGGGCCUUUUCUAUUAAGCCCGCCAACUUUUAUUUCUCCUUUACUAAGCCCACUAACUACUAGAAACAAAACAGAUAGCCCAGCCCACUCACAGACGCCUCCCUCCGGCUCGUGUCCUCUUCCGCAAACAGCCUCCGUCUCGACACAACUCUCACAUCAGCUAUCUGCUCUCCUCAAUCUCCCAGGUCAGCCAUAUACCGCCACUGCUUCCCCGUUGUGAUACUCAAACCCUUGGUUCCAGCCGGCCACGCGUGGUCGGAUUUGUUCUUCGAGCGCUGUUAAUCAGGAGGCGUGGGUACUGGUUUAUUGAUUGCGGUAAGGAAUUUGCUUGGGAGACAUUGAAUUUGAGGUAAUUUGAUUUAUCAGAUUCAUCUUCCUUUAGGGUUCGAUAUGCUUCUCUCGUCUUUUUUCUGCCCUUGGAUAUUGAACGGGCAAAAUAUGGAUAUCGGUGAUACGUGAGCGGUACAUGUGAAAAUCGUAGAAUUCCGGAAGCUUAGUUGGGUUCCUUUCCCACGUUUCUCAGCAUAGUUCUUACGAGUUCUCUGUUCUUUCCCCUCGAAAGCGGGCUUGAUUUGAUUUGGUUUCUCUGGUUUUCUUUGUAUAGAAAGCAAGCAUACAUCUUCUUCUGGUGCUUUUAUGUUAUGCUGUUUCAUCGCUCCUUUCGGUCCUUUCCAAUAAGUGUGAACAUGGUUUUGCUUAUUUUGCUGCUAAUGCGAACCCUGAAUGCGAACCCAUAACCUAUCUUUGCUGGGGUGGGAUGAACAGUAAAGGUUCUUCCUAGUAAUUAGUCAUUCUUCGGUAGGGCAGAUGGUUAAUUAAGCUUUCUAAACUCAGGGCACCCGCACAUGUCAGAUGCAUAUGAAUUGUAUAGCAGGCAAUUUUCUUCUUUUUGAAUGUGCCCAGAGGGAUCAGUCGAUUAACAGAAUCUAGUUCCUAGUUGGAUACCAUUACUUGUCAUAUGAUGAGAGUUCCGUGGUAAAAGCCACAUUGAGAUUGAGCCAUUAACUUCAUACGAGUUCCCAUUAUCUAUCCUGUGUUGAUCUUCCUCUUGUAAAUAAAACCUUUUAAGAUUUACUUCGUACAAAGUUUGACUGGCUGCAACUAUGACCCUAUACAAGUCCAUUAUGUCUUCUUUAUUGCAAAGAGAUAGCCUUGAACAUGUUAGAAGUCAUUAUUUCUUGGUUAAGUCAACCUUUUCCUCUUAUGUAAUGUGCAGUGCUUGCUUGCAAAACAUUUGCAUAUACGUAACUGGGGAGCGAAAAACUGAAGCGAAUUAGUGUUACUUAUCUACUUGCUGAUUUUGACUUGUAAGUCUAAGCAUUCAGGUUUUUGGUUAUAAAUUUAUGCUUGAUUGAUUAUGGAGUUUCGAGAUUCUUUCUUCUCAUUGUUGAUUAUGCGUAACAAGUGUUCAACAUAUUAGUAUCUGAAUUUCGUUGAAAAUCUAUUUGUGGAAAAUUGGAUUCAGCCGGAGGAUCAAAUAAGGUUGAUUCCAACUUUAUGUUCAUAGUUUAAAAGAAUAGGUGGUUUGCUGAUAACCAAUAACCUUUAGAGGGAACUGCACUAGUCUGUGUUGGACACAAUUUCUUUUAUGUUACUGUAUUUCGACGUCUAGAAUUUCCACUUUCUUCCUGGAUGGAAGUCUGCGGCAUUUUGUUAACUUCUGUAUUUCCCAGCCUGUAAGUUUGCCUAUUUCCUUCAGGAAUGCUGUUUUUGAAUUUUCUUCUUUACCUGUGCUUCAUUGGAACUAUUAAAUAUAUUUUAUUUGUAAUCAUUGCAACACUUUGAACACUUCUUUGAUGGGGAUCUUCUCUCUCUCUCACAGAGUUAAGUUAGAAAAUGGCACAUAGAUUACUGCGAGAUGUUGAAGCUGAUGGGUGGGAACGUUCAGACUUCCCUAUAAUCUGUGAGUCUUGUCUUGGUGACAACCCGUAUGUCCGAAUGACAAAAGCGCAAUUUGAUAAAGAGUGCAAGAUAUGUACUCGUCCAUUCACAGUUUUUAGGUGGAGGCCUGGCCGUGAUGCAAGAUAUAAAAAAACUGAGAUUUGCCAGACAUGCUGUAAGUUGAAAAAUGUCUGUCAAGUCUGCCUUCUGGAUCUGGAGUAUGGCUUGCCUGUGCAGGUUCGGGAUACUGCCCUGAGCAUCAAUGCAAAUGACUCUAUUCCAAAGAGUGAUGUAAACAGGGAGUUUUUUGCUGAGGAGCACGAUCGCAAGGCCAGAGCUGGGAUUGAUUAUGAAUCUUCUUACGGGAAGGUUAGGCCAAACGACACUAUUAUGAAGCUUCAAAGAACUUCACCGUACUACAAAAGAAACCGAGCGCAUGUGUGCAGUUUCUUCAUCAGGGGUGAGUGCACACGUGGUGCCGAAUGUCCUUACAGGCACGAAAUGCCUGUAACUGGGGAGUUAUCUCAGCAAAAUAUAAAAGAUCGUUACUAUGGAGUUAAUGAUCCAGUGGCAAUGAAACUACUUAACAAGGCUGGUGAAAUGCCGUCACUGGAACCCCCUGAGGAUGAAAGCAUAAGAACUCUGUACGUUGGUGGGCUUGAUGCCAGAAUAACUGAGCAGGAUCUAAGAGACAAUUUCUAUGCACAUGGUGAGAUUGAAUCCGUAAAGAUGGUCACUCAAAGAGCGAUUGCGUUUGUGACAUAUACUUCUAGAGAAGGAGCAGAGAAGGCCGCGGAGGAACUGUCGAACAAGCUAGUAAUCAAGGGUCUGAGGUUGAAGCUCAUGUGGGGGAGGCCUCAGGCACCAAAACAGGAUCAUGAUGUCUCAGAGGAAGCGAGGCAACAGGCGCUCAUUGCUCAUGGAGGAAUGCUUCCUCGUGCUUUGGUAUCCCAACAACAGAACCACCCGCCUGGUACUGCUGCUCCAGAUCAGCCUCCUCAACCGAUGCAGUACUUCAACAUUCCACUUCCUCCACAGCAGCAAGAAAGAGCGUUCUACCCAUCCAUGGAUCCCCAGAGAAUGGGUGCUGUAGUUCCGUCACAGGAUGGAGGCGCUUCAAGUAGUUCAGCAGGUGAGAACAACCCCGGUGGGGAGCAGCAACUGCAACCUCAUCAUCAUUACCCUUAUCAGGGAAGGGCUCGUCCUCCGCCGCCUCAUGCCCCACACGGGCAGUUUCACCAGCAACACCAUUAUCCACCUCCUCCGUAUGGGUAUAUGCAGCCACCGCCACAGCCACAUCCACAUCCACAGUAUCAGCAGUAUCCUCCGGCAGCAGGGUAUCCGUCAGGAAUGCCUCCACCACCGCAGCAGCCAAGCCAGCAAUACCAACAUUUUCCGGCUCCACCACCUCCAAGGCCUGCUGCAGCUCCAGAGUCAUCGUCGUCAUCAAGUGCACCUGCUCCUCAAUCAAAUCAGUGAAAGGUUUGGGUCUAGUUAUGGAUAUUUGUCACAGCUGCAAGCUGUCUCUUGCUCUGAUUGUGUGGUUAUUUUACAGUCUGGAUGUGAAAGUUUAGAAAUGAAGGAAACCUAGACUAAACAUGCUAAACAAGAACGAUGGGGAAGGCUGUGGACGGUGUUGUGAUUCACGAUUUUUGCCUUAUAUAUGCUGCCUUCGUCUGUGUUUACGGUAACGAUUGAUUUGAGAUGCACACGAUAAUGUGUUUUCUUUAUUCAGAUAAGAAGAAACGAGCCACGCAUACACAAAACAUAACAGGAAAUUAGAAAGAAACAACAUACAACCAAUAAGCUGCAAAACUCAUGGUCAAAGUACGUCGUCUCUGGGGCAUGCAUGGUCCCGAGUACAGACUCUCCUUAUUAUUACAG